CUUUGGCUGUCAUACCCAUCAUCUCAGUCCCCACCAGGAUGUCGUCAUCGCUGUCAUGAGACUCGCCUAUUCGAUACUCCAGCUCUUAAUGCUGUAUGAGCUGACUUCAGCCUCACCAUGCAAACCUUCUUCAACCCUCAGUUCUGUUGCAUCCUCCAGAACCACCAGCCCUAGCGAAACUGACAGAACCACUACCGACAUCUCGUCUACAGUCGCGUUGGAAACAGAGUCUGCCAUCUCUACAAUUUUGUCUCCUACAAUUCUCUCCAUAGAGACGGAAUCUGUCACCUCGACAGCCGUAUCACCAUCAGCUUUUGCUGGGGAGACAGAAUCGUUGUCCAUAGCCUCCUCUAAAACGACAACCGUUGCCGAGAGCACCACUACAUAUGAGCCAUUAGUCUCUACAACCUCAGCUACAACCUCAGCUGCGACCUCAAAUGAUGAGAAAUCCACCACAACAACAUCUGCUAAGCGACAACCCACCAACUUGAUUCGCAACCCCGGUUUUGAAGAUUCCACCUUCGCGCCCUGGGAGGCACCCACGGUUGCAGAUCGCGGAUGGCUAUCCGUUCGCAGCGACACAUCUCGUCCAGGAUCACUCCAGUGCGGCGUUUUCGACUCUUCACUACCUCCCAAAGGAGGGCUCAAACGCAGACUUAUUCAACCAUUGAGCUUUGCUGUUACGCAAAACAUCGACCCUACUGAGAUCAUCGUGGGCAAAGAAUAUCGAUUUUCGAUCUUUAUUAAGGCCACGGCGUCUAGUGGCUGCAGUGUGCAACGAUUGACAUGUGGUGCAGGAGUCGGAAUGGGGGAGUUUGGGCUGCCUUCGAAUGCAUGGGCUUUGAGAGCUAUCAGUUGUACUUGGAAUCAAGCUCAGCUGGAUGCUGGACCCAUCGUCGCGGUGACGAUUAUUUGUACUUCUGUCACUUUCUCCAUUGACGAUGCUGUCUUGAUAGAAAGCGAGGCAUCGCCGUAUUAAUUUGCAUUUAUAGAACUCUUAGAUACAUUAUCCAACAUGAUAGCUAUAAAGCUUCGAC